UGUAAUAUAUAUAUACACCCUGCUUUCUACAUAAAUAACAAGGCCUAUGUGCUCCAAACGAUAAUUAUAUUUCAUCUGACUACUCACAGUGGAAGUCUCGGCCUGUUGUGUCUGUGGAGCAUUUUCUGGAAGAGCUCCAAACUCCACUGAACAGGAAAAUAAGCACAGGGUGGAAGGAAGGAUGACUUCUCACAACAUGACAUGGAUCAGCUACCCAAGCAAGAACUUGGUUUUCACUUCCCCAGAAGAGAUUGAAGCCUUUAUAGCUUACCAAAACAUCAUAUCAAGACUCAUGCACUGUUACAUUGCCUUCUUUGUACCCACAGGGCUCAUAGCUGGCCUAUCUAUUCUGAUCAUCCUCAUCAAGAAUUAUUUGCAGUACAAAGUCAUAGAAAACUUAGACCUGCUUCUUUUACACUUUACCCUCAGCAAGCUUGUCAUGAUUUUUUUAUCAUUUACAGUCAUUCCUAGGCCUGACUAUUUAAAAGCAACCCAGCUUGCAUGCAAUGUACUGUCAUUUUUCUUCAACUUCAGCUAUUUCAAUGCUCAGCAUGCUUUGGUUUCGACACUUCUCAUACUGCUACUCAAGAGACUGCCACCGAGGACUGCUCUCAGCAAAGUAACCCAGAGACCCAUAUUGUGUGUUGGAUUUGUACUCACAUAUGCCUUCUGUUUGUCCCUGACUGGGGCAGCGCUGGCUGGCACAGACAACUAUCACUUGGAAACGGACUGCCAGUUAGAUCCACUAUUUGCAUGGCCUGAAUAUGAGAUCAUUAAAUUCACCUUUGGGUUUGGAAUCCCAUCAGUUCUCCAGAUACUCUGCUUCAUUGUUCUCUUUGCUAAAGAAGCACCUGCUGAAGCUCCAGCCUUACAGCAGCACGUUCGUACUUACCCUGCUCCGUACAUCAUAAGCAUAACGACGUUUCUCUGCCACUUAUUCUAUAACAGUAUGAUUCUCUCCAGGGCAACACUGAAGUUACAGAAGAGCACUGGAACUCCAAAGAACGAGCUUGUCAUGAAUAUUGCAGAAAUAGUGUUGUUCUGUGAGAGCUGUGCCAGUUUGGUGUUUAUACUUUGCUUGCACAAACCAUGCAAGGAUGAAAUACUUCGAGUUCUACAGAAGUGCCGCAGGCAAAACGCUGCCAAUAAUCACCUUGAAAUACCAGCAACACCCACGACCCAUGGCAGUGGGGCUCAGUAAUACUUCCUGUUCUGAAGAACUGUCAAUCAGUUUCACUUUUUAGUU